AUGGGAUCAGCCUAUUCACCUUUGGAUCGGUUCGUCCGCGCAAAUCCGCACAGGAAGAUUGGAAUCAGCAGGAGGAAACAUGAAAGGCCAUGCAGUGCUGAAAAUGAGCCAGAAGUGCCUCAGUUGUGCUGGCUUUCUGUAAAAAUUAUUGGCAUGAAAAAUCUCCGCAAAGCAGAUCUGUGGAGUCGAACUGAUUGCUAUGUCAAGUUGUGGCUGCCAACAGCUUCAUGUCAGGAAGCCCAGACAAGAACUGUACACAACUGCAGAAAUCCUGUCUGGAAUGAAACUUUCCACUUUGUGAUACAGAGUGAAGUAAAGAACAUCCUGGAGCUGGCAGUCUGUGAUGAGGACACUUUUACACCAGAUGACCAUCUUAUGACUGUCCGCUUUGAUGUGGCUAAAAUCCAGCCUGGAGAAAAAGUUUGCCUGAGUUUUGAGUUGAAUCCAGAGAAUCGGGAAGAACUAGAGGUGGAAUUUCUACUGGAGAACAUACCAGGUGUAUCUGAGAAGAUCAUUACUAAUGGUGUAUUGGUGUCUCGUGAAGUUUCCUGUUUGGAAGUACAUGUGAAUGAAACAAAAAGGAAGAGUUCUUACAAAAGGAGAGAUUUCACCUUCACCAUGAAAGGAUCCUAUGAAGAAAGCCAGGAUAUUUCCAUAGGUCCUGGCUCCAGACUGGGAAGCAGUGAAACCACCAGGUUCCACUACAUCAAGCACAGCCAACCCAGACUGCUCAUGACUCUGCCAAAGGAGCGUUUUCUCUGCUGGCCUGGCUCAGGUAGGAGGGAAAUGGAUCUAAGUAGUCCCCUGGCUGUGGCUCUCCAUUCUCUGGACUUGGGAAAGAAAGUGACAGUGAUGAGGGGGGAAUCUUAUGAGGUGUCUGUGAAUGAGGAAAAUAGUUGCAAGGAUUUAGAUUUGCGGCUGGGCUUUGGUCUGUGUGCAGAGGAGCAGGACUUCAUCCGUAAAAGGAAGAAGGUGGUUGCUGCUGCUCUGAAAAAUGUUCUUCAUCUAGAUGAAGACCUGCAGGAGGAUGAGCAGGUGCCCGUGGUGGCAGUGGUGACUGCCGCAGGGGGAGUGCGCUCCAUGACAGCAAUGUUUGGCAGCCUGCUGGCUCUGCAGGAGCUGGGUGUUUUGGACUGUGUGUCAUACAUCAGUGGUUUAUCUGCCACAACCUGGACCAUGUCAAAGUUAUAUGAAGAUGCAAAUUGGUCACAAAAGGAUCUCAGAGGGCCAGUUGGUGAUAUCAGGGAACAUGUGACCAAGAGCAAGCUGCACUGCUUCUCUUUGGAUCACAUGAAAUACUAUGAAAAUGAGCUUUGUGAGAGAAAGCAAGAGGGGCACAAGGUGUCCUUUACAGAUUUAUGGGGACUCUUCAUUGAUUGUAUGCUACAUCAUCAGCAAAGCACUCACAAACUCUCGGAUCAACAGCUAGCAGUCAAUCAGGGGCAGAAUCCACUCCCCAUAUACCUGUCCCUCAAUGUCAAGGAUGACUUUAGCACUUUGGAUUUUAAAGAGUGGGUGGAGUUCACACCUUACGAGGUGGGUCUCCUGAAAUAUGGGGCCUUUGUUCGUUCUGAGGAUUUUGGUAGUGAGUUCUUCAUGGGUCGCCGGAUGAAGAAGAUCCCAGAAUCCCACAUCUGCUUCUUGGAAGGCACAUGGAGCAAUAUAUUUUCCCAGAGUUUUAUGGAUGCUCUCUACCUCUCGGGUCAUUCAGAACACUUCUGGCACAGAUGGACUCGAGACACUGAGCAUGACAUUGAGAACCAUCCUGCUCUGCCCAAGAAGCCUCAUGAACAGACAACCUCCUUAUCCAUUCCCAAAGGUUACCUUUCCAAAACUCUUCGGGAAAUGAUGACUGGGCGGCCAGUGGUUUCAACCUACCACAAUUUCCUCAAGGGCUUGCAGCUACAUAACAAAUAUUUGGAGAAUGAGAGCUUUUGCAGGUGGAAAGACACAGUGCUGGAUUCUUCUCCCAACCAGCUGAAUGAAAUGAGUGACUACCUCAAGCUGAUAGAUACAGCUUUCUUCAUCAACACCAGCUGCCCACCCAUUCUGAGGCCAGAGAGAAAAGUGGAUGUCAUUAUCCACUUAAAUUACAGCGGAGGAUCACAGACUCUGCCACUGGACCUAUUCUCAGAGUACUGUUUGGAGCAUGGGAUCCCAUUCCCCAGCACAGAGCUGAGCCAGGAAGACCGGGAGCACCUGAAGGAGUGCUAUGUGUUUGAGGACAGCUUAGAGGCACCGGUCUUGGCCUACUUUCCAUUGGUGUGUGAUACCUUCCGAAAAUACAAGGCACCGAGUGUGGAGCGCAGUCCCGCAGAGAUGGAGCAGGGAAGAGUGGACGUGUCCAACUGUGCUGCUCCCUAUGGCACCGGCCUGCUUACGUACACCGAAGAGAAUUUCAACAAGCUGCUGAACCUGUGCAGCUACAACAUCCUGAAUAACAAACACCUAAUUCUCCAGGCUCUGCGAACUGCAGUGCAACGAAAGAAGCAACUUAAAAACUAUUCAUCACCUAAUUCAAGUAAACACUCUUGA